AUGUGAGGGUUCACACAAACACCUGAAAUCAGAGGCGAGCAGUGUUUAAAUUUGAAGAAAGGCGAAGGUCAUACAGUGUUAGUGGUGUUUGGCCACUGAUAGUUAAGGUUACUGAUACUAUUUAUAGUUUGUUAACCACCCGAGCGCUGAUUUCAACGGAGUUUGUCUUUCCCACAGCACUAAGGACAUACAAUGGAUCUCGCGAGAAGAGACUUUGCCACACAACCCAGUACGUGGCUUGACAGCUGUGUGCUGGGAGUGUUUGCUGUGUUUUGUCUGUUGGCAGAUUGAGACCAUAGACUGUAUAUGGUUGAGACCUAUGUGUACCUGGACGUCGAAUAACCGCCGUGAAUCCUCUACACGUCUUUGAAUCGUGUCACGUCCACUCUGUCGGCCUGGUAUGGCGGAGAGAGGGCAGUCGGGUGAAUUCUCCGGCUCUCUGACGAGCUCCACUCUUCCUCCGCCAAGGACCCGCAUCUUCAAAAUCAUUGUGAUCGGGGACUCGGGGGUCGGAAAGACGUGCCUCACCUAUCGCUUCUGUGCCGGCAAGUUCCCCGAGAAGACCGAGGCCACGAUCGGGGUUGACUUCAGGGAGAGGCUGGUCGAGAUUGAUGGCGAAAAAAUCAAGAUCCAGCUGUGGGACACUGCAGGCCAAGAGCGCUUCAGGAAGUCCAUGGUGCAGCACUACUACCGCAAUGUGCAUGCUGUUGUCUUCGUCUAUGACGUCACCAACGCUGCUAGCUUCCGCAGCCUCCCUGCCUGGAUUGAGGAGUGCAAGCAGCACGCUCUGGGCACAGAGGUACCCAGGAUCUUAGUUGGAAACAAGUGCGACCUCCAAGACUCCAUCCAAGUGAGCACAGAUGUGGCGCAACAGUUCGCAGAUUCCCAUUCCAUGCCCCUAUUUGAGACAUCUGCAAAAAGCCCAAACAGCCAAGGAGAAGGAAGCUAUGGCAGUGGAAACAGUGACCACGUUGAGGCUAUUUUUAUGACGGUGGCCCACAAACUCAAGUCUCAAAAGCCUCUAGUGUUGAGCCAGCCCCCUGGGGGAUCAGGAGGCACCAUCAACCUGAGCAGGGGGAUGAGUGAUGGAGGAGAUGUGGCCAGGAGCUGGGCCUGCAGCAGCUGCUGAAGAAGAGAAAUGGAGGGAAAGAGGGCGACAACUUUAGCUUCAGGCUGAACAAGCCCAGUGAAACUGAAAAUGAAGUGAGCUGAGGAAACUGGAGGUCUAGAAAGAUUGAGUGGAUCCAACAAAAUGGCUUCAACAACUGACACGAUGUGUUCAUUUGAAAACAAUACAUUUUUCAUGUGCUUGUGCUUGAUAUUACAAACGACUUUUAAAUGGUUAGGGGCAAUGUGAUUGCUGCAAUGUGGCAAUGUGAUUGCUACCUUGGGAUGUUGGUUGAUGGAAAUGAUUGUGAACACAAAAUCAGAACCUGAGUCAGAUAUCCUGAGAUAGUAAUUUCGGAGCCUGCACUACUGAAGUGUCAAGUCAGUAACCUUGUUUUGUUGCAGCAUAAAACACAGAAACACAGUGGCAUUUAUAUUUUUUGAGUAGGGGGCGGGGGGGCUUUUGUUAAAAUCAAAUCUGAUCUUUGAGCUCUUGUGGGAACAAUGACUCAAACGAUUGUUAGUGUAGUCCAGAUACAAUCAGGAUCGUCCCAUGUAAUGGGAAUGUAAAGUGUCAAGAGCAGCUAAUGAAAACUACUGGUGGGGAUAUCAAAUAAUUUUACUGACAAAUGACCUGAAUAUAAUUUGUUCAUGCAGAAAAUAUAACCCAACACAUAACAUCAUGCAACCUGUGAUGCAGUGUAUGGCCUUAAUCUGUGGCACUGCAGUACGGACUGCAUCAUAUGGAAAGGAGUUGGGCAAUGCCUUCUUUUUGUUGUAUUGUCGACAUAUGGUACAUGAUGAUACUCUUAACACUGGCGCCCUGUCAGGGUGUACCCCGCCUCUCAGACAACAUCAGCUGGAAUUGAUUCCAGCUCCCCUGCGACCCUCAAAGUAUAACAGUAUAGAUAUCAGAUGGCUGAUGAUCUUUAAAUUUUCAUUAAAGUUGCCCUGUUGAAUUUUUUUGUUAAAAAAAUGUUUUUUAAAUUUUUGUUCUGUUUAAAUCCAGUGCUUUUCAUCAAAACAUGUUAAUUAUUGAAUCCUCACAAACACAUUGAAUCGAGUCCCAUCUUCAAAAACCAUCAUAUGCACAUAAUUGAUCAAUGUGCAUAUGAAGAAAGUUGCUUUUAUCAGAUAACAGAGGGGACGUGGAUUCAGAGCUGCAGUAAAUCUGCUCUUUGUAGUGUUUAAACCCAGAACAUCACUGUGACUAAGGGUGUCAUUUCAUUUAGCAGUUAGCAUUAGCGCUAUUUAUAGAUACUUCUAUGAGGGACUUGAGUUCCUCUUCAGCACGGUACAGUAACUUCUGAGGCUUUUUAAAGCCUUUGUUGCUGUGUGCUACUCAACUGUUUAGUGUAUCAUCUGCUAUGCGAUGUGUUUUCAUCAAGAAAACACUUAAAACUACAGUCAGGUCAACACAAAUCAGGGGUUGCUUAUGAAUUGUUAAUCACUGAUCCUGGUGUGUUUGUGCUGAGCUCAGACUUUUCUGUUUCAGCUGAUCAUUGACUGUUCUGACUAACACUGACCUCAUUAACAUCAAUUGUUACUGUAGCUGACUGUAUAAAGUCCAGUGCUGAGGGUUUAUAUUACGCAGUUGCUUCUUGCACAAAUUCACAAGUAUAUACAAAAUAGGUCACAAUGUUUCAUAGUGUCAAACAAUGGAGGUGUCGGAUAAAAACAUUAAAAUAAUAAAAAUGGCAUUAAAUUCUGUAAAUAUUAA